ACAUCUGGUUGUCAUUGUUUCUUAUAGUUUUCCGGAGCUUUUAAGAUGAAGCUAAAUUUAAAAGUAGCUGGAAAAAAAAAAGUUUAUUACAAAAAUAGCUGAGAAACUAAACCCACGUCUACUAUCACCAUAGAUACUAUUAGUGACGGGUGUUAAACAUUUUGGCCCAAGACACAACAUCUGCCUGUCAUUGGUUCUUAUAGUUCCCAGGAGCUGUACCUAUGCCACAAAAGGGCUGAUGAACCAGGAACUGCGGUUGCUGAGAUGUUACAAAGUUGAUCUCUGGUUCACCCAACGAAAGAAAUGCCAGUAACUUCACAUCUCGUGUUCUGUAAUACAGAUGACCUACAGAAACAAAAUGCCCCAUAUAAUUUUUUCACAUGCGGGAAACUACGUUCAGUCGUGACACGCUGGAAUACACACGUGUGGGUCUCAUAUACAUCGCAGGUGGGAGGUCAGGAAGUGGUGAGCUUGUCAUAAGUGAGCAGCAACUACUGUAGAUCAUUUGAAGACUUUCAGGUCCUGAGCAUGUCGAGCCUUAUGGACAGACUGAGCUACCUGGUGAUCUUUCUGUGCUUCACGUGUAUCCGCACGUCGGGAACGGGCGAAGACUUGAUUUCUUCAUGUGAAGUUGAGAUUUUCGUCCGGAGACGCACAACAUGGUUUACUGCUCCAGGACAAAGUGUGUCACUCAGCUGUCCGGUCCAACACUGUGGAGAACGUGUUAACAUCACCUGGUGUAAAGUCACUAAUAUGACCUGUGAGCGGAUCAAUAAAUCAAAGAAUGUAGAAAUAAGACAGAACCGUGUUGGGGACGACCAACUGGUCUCAUAUCUGAGAUUCAAAGAGAUUUCAGUUUCUGAUGGCGGCCUCUACAGAUGUGGUUUAAUGGGAAAACAAAGUCCUAUAGGUCAUGCCAUCAACAUCUCAGUUUCAGACUCAUAUGAGAGUGUUAAAACCAACUUUAACUCCGACAAUAAUCCCGCCGAAUCACUGAGCGCUGACCCUGGCGGAGCUGCAAAGUGGGUGCCGUACUUUGUCAUCUGCUUCAGCGUAAUUCUCCUGGUUGCCACACUGUCACUGAUAGUCAUGCUGAGGUUUCAUAAGUGGAAUCAAAAGCUGACCUGCAAUAGCACGAAGGGAAAGGAGACGUCCACUAAGAUGAUACCAGACCUCCCCAGGUGGAGCGCUCACCCCUCUCCCGUCCCGCAGACGCACUUAUCCGUCCCAAACGACAUCUACUUUUCGAGCGCUGCAGGAACCCCUUCCUUCGCCGCCGCUGCCAAAACGCAAAUGAAAGGUCAAGGGUCAGAGUGCGAGGUGUACGCCAGCAUCAUGCUCAGGCCGGCUGGAAUCCCGCAUAUUUAUCCUACGAUAAACACGAUGAAGCAAGCUAAAGGCACGGAGUACACUGCCGUCAAUGUCUGAUUUGUUAAGUCACGCUUAUGUAAUGAAAAGCGUAAGGUGGUGUCACGGAACAGGCUGAAAGCAAACAUUCAACCACAGUGCCGAAAAGGGGAGCGUGGGAGGCUUGUGGUCAGGCAGAUGAAAUGUGUGUCGUCCUGAGCGGCAAGUUUAGUCUCUCACGGUCAGAUUUGUUCCAGGCGCUGCAGCUUAUUAUUGUUGAUUUAUUCUUUAAAUUUUUAUUUUUCUUCUUCUUGUAUUUGCAUUUACGUGCCUUUUUGAAGUGUAUUUAAGUCAUUGUGAAUACUUAUCUAUGGUUAUGUCUGGAAAAAUAAACCUGUGUUGAUGUGCGACGUUGGAAAUAUCAUGCUAUUUAAAAUGCAAGUGAAUUUAAUGACUCAGUUGACGUUAUUAAAAAGAAAUCUCUUAAAAUCAGAAACAGA